CCUGCCAUUUUAUCACAUUUCCAGUUUGUUCUCUCAUUAGGCUGAAACAUGGGGGCUUCUAGCAACUGGAGCUGGUAUGCUGCACUCUUGUGGCUCCUCAGUUUCGGUGCUGAGGUUCUUUGUGAUUGCACUGACCAUGAUAUACAAAUCCAGGGAGGUAAUUUUACUCUGACCAAGAAGCUGGAGAAAGGCAGCUUACUCAUCUAUCGCUGUAACGAUGGAUACUACCCAUAUCCUGCUUUGACCCGUAUGUGCCAGCCAAAUGGCUCCUGGAAACCAGCACCCAGGAGGUUUUCACCACAGAAAUGCAAACUUGUUGAAUGCCCUGAUCCGAAUGUUAUGGAGAAUGGAAACGUGUCUCCUCCUGAGGUCCAGUACUUUGUGGGGAAUGAAACUUCGUAUGAGUGUUACUCUGGAUACACAUUGAGAGGAUCGUCCAAACGGAUUUGCUUACCAAAUGGGAAGUGGAGUGGCUCCACUCCAAUCUGCAGCCGUGACUCCGGUUCUGCCUGUCCUGAUCCUGGAGUCCCACCUGGAGCCUCUAGAGCAGGAAAUAUGUUUGGGAUUGAUGACAAAGUGAGAUACACCUGCAAUGGCGAACUGUUUUUGGUGGGCUCUAAGGAAAGAGUGUGUCUGGAGAACGGCCAGUGGACCGGGACAGAGCCAGCAUGCUACUAUAAGCACACCUUUGAUACCCCACGCGAGGUUGCAGAAUCAUUUGGAGGUGCGAUUAAAGGCACCCUCACCACUACACAAUCUCUUAAUGAUACCCAAGAAGGGAGAUUAAUCAGGAUUUCAAAAAGUGGGACUCUCAACAUCUACAUAGGUGUGGACAUUUCAGAAAGCAUAGAAAAAGAAGAUUUUGAGAAAGCAAGAGACGCUAUCAUAACUCUGAUUAAAAAGAUCGCCUCCUUCAGUGUGUCUCCAAACUACGAAAUCGUCUUCUUCUCAUCUGAAAUAUACAGGGUCGUCAACAUCCUCGAUUUUUUCAAUGCCAAAGUGGAACUUAAUAAAGUAAUAGAAGACCUGGAAAAGUUUAAAAUAGAAAACAGAAACACUGGAACAGAUUUGAACAUGGUCUUCAAAACCUUUGAGAAACAGAUGGCUUUUAUAAAGCGACAAGCUGGAGAUGAGGGAUUCAAAGCUCAUCGGCAUGCCCUGAUCCUUUUCACAGAUGGUGCGUAUAACAUGGGUGGUUCUCCUGAGCCUACUGUUGCCAGAAUAAAGAACACAGUCUAUAUGAAUCACACUGCGGAGAGAGAUGACUUUCUUGACAUCUAUAUCUUCGCCAUUGGGAGUGACAUCUUUGACGACGACCUGCAGCCCCUCACUGUAGGAACCGGAGGAAAUCAUUACUUCAGGAUGUCAAAAAUCGUAGAAUUAAAGGAGACCUUUGAUUUAAUAAUUGAUGAAAGCGAAGUUGUAGGUAUGUGUGGCCUGCACAGGGAUUAUGAAACCAUGGAAGAUAAAGAAAGCAAAAGGAAAAGAUACCCAUGGUUGGCGUUUAUUGUUAACACGGGACGAAAAGCAAAAACUUGCAUCGGGUCGCUGGUGUCGCCGGACUUUGUCCUGACUGCUGCUCAUUGCUUCACCUUUGGUGAUUUGCCAGCGAAUAUAGUAGUUGAAAUUGAAGAUGGACUGGGCAGCAAAGUGAAAACUGUGAAAAGUUUCACGCUGCACCCACUGUACAACAUCACGGCCAAAGUCAAAGAAGGCGUGGCCGAGUUUUAUGACUAUGACUUGGCCAUUAUCCGACUGGAAGAACCAGUGAGGAUCUCUGAAUUUGUGAGACCAAUAUGCAUACCCUGCACCCAGGAGACCAGCGACGCUCUCAACCUGGUUGGCGAGUCAACAUGCAAGCAACAAGAGCAGGUCCUGUUAAAGAGUUACCGUGAGCAACUCGGUUUCCUAACAAGGACGCACCCGCUGGUAGCAGAAAAAAUCGUCCAUGCCAAGCUUGGAGAAAACCGAGAUUUGUGCAUCAAAAAAGCUCUUUCGGCACCAGGAAUCACCACAAAAAACGAAAGGGUUGCUGUGACCGAUAACUUCUUGUGCACCGGUGGUCGGGUUGGGUACAGAGAUCACAUAGCAUGCACAGGGGAUUCUGGCGGCGCUGUGUUCAAGAACUUCAACCAGCGGACAAUCCAGAUUGGCGUGGUCAGCUGGGGAACACAGGCACUGUGCUCCUCCACGGGUGGACUGGUUGAGUCCAAUGAUGAGUCCAGAGAUUUCCAUAUCAAUCUGUUCAGAAUGAUCGAUUUUCUUUCCCAGAACCUUGGAGAUGAUAGUCAAGACUACACAGCACUGAAAUUUCUGAAAAACGGAGCAUAACUGCACGCUAUAAUUGCAUCAUAACAUAAAAUGUGCACUCAAGGCAUUUUAAACUCACACAUUUGCUCUCUUUUCAGACUUUGACCUUUUGGUUGUACCCCACAUGACAGGCAUUCAGUGUUUAUGCAACCUUUGAAAAUAAAUGUUCCCUCUAUUAACGAAUGAAUGAAUGAUUAUGUGUCCAUCAUAUCAGGUUUUAAUGUAUGUUCUGCUGUUUCAAAGAUGCAGAUAAUCUGGAAAAUAACUAUAUCUUGGAUUAAAGCUGUCAUGGUA